AUGUCAGGACGCGGAAAGGGAGGCAAAGGAUUGGGAAAGGGAGGAGCCAAGAGGCACAGAAAGAUUUUAAGAGAUAACAUUCAAGGUAUCACCAAACCAGCCAUCAGACGUUUGGCCAGAAGAGGUGGUGUGAAGCGUAUCUCCGGUUUGAUAUACGAAGAAAUCAGAGGAGUGUUAAAAGUUUUCCUAGAAAACGUAAUUAAAGAUUCCAUCAUGUACACUGAACACGCAAAGAGAAAGACUGUCACUGCUAUGGACAUUGUGUACUCGUUGAAAAGACAAGGAAGAACAUUAUAUGGUUUCGGUGGUUAA